AUGUCGAAUCGCACCUUUAAUCUGCUCUGGACGGGAGCACAGAAAGAUCUCGAAAAGCUAGCGGUCAACGAUUUCGAGUACCAGGCGAUCGAAGCCCAGCAUGAUCGGAGCGAGAUCCAAGGGCAGGUGUACGAGUUGUACCUGCGGUAUCUGGUUAUUUCGAAUCGGUUGGAAGAAAUCUACGACCAGCUCGUGCAGCCGCAGAAGCGCAUACUUAUCCGGAAGCUGCUGGACAACUGUCUCGGACGAAUGUUGGAGCUGAAGCACGAUCUGGUCAUUAUCGAUAUGACCGAAUUUAGCUACAGCGACGCCGUGGUGGAGAAGCUGGGUCUUACGCCGCUAAGCAUGGAGGUUAACGUUCCACGUUACUUCCGGCGGGAGCGCGAGGAACAGUUGAACGAGCGGAAGAAAUUUAUGGAUGAUAUAUUGAAGAAAAUUGGCGCCUUGGAUGAGGAGGUGGUGGAGGAAGAGUUAAGUGAGCUGGAGGCGAUUCGAAUCAUCCAAACGCACGAACGCGCCCGACAAGGACGCCUUCGAGCGCAGUUCAUGAAGGAGCUGAAGAUACUGAAGGAGAAGGGUAAACCGGACAGCAGCCGGGACAAAUCGACGACGGGUUUGAACGCGGCGAUGAAGAUUCAGAAGGUAUGGCGAGGAUACGCCACUCGUCGCCAGACGCGCCGGAAGAAGAUGGAGGAGAUGAUUCUGAUCGGUAUGGUGCCGUCUCCCGUCACGUCGGCCCGGACGGCCGUGGAUGAGCUGGAGGAUUUGAAGCAGUUUCGCUACAAGCAGCAGAAGGCGUUCCAGGAGGACUACGAGCGGUCGCUGGUGCGCGUGAAGGAAGAGAUAAGCGUGAAGCAGGGUGCCGCCAUGACGGAGGACAUAGCUGACGAGAUUCGAACGUGGUUCAAGGAGUACCAGAAGCGCACGGGUCGGUUACCUGAUUUCCCGUCGGAGGAAGCGGGCGGAUCGAGGCACCUGCUCAGUCGGCAGGGAACGGAAAGCGAAAUGAGCCGCUCGUCGGUGUUGUCCUCGCGCGAGUCGAAGCUGAAAGGUGGUGGGAAGGAGAAGCUCGCUCAGAAGAAGCCAGGGGAGGUGUCGCUUGAGGAAGGCUUGGAUAAGGCGUUCAAACCGAUGCAAUCGUCCUUCCUGCCGGAGAUUAAGAGCGGGAUCGAGGAGUACACGGAAGUGUGGAAAGGAAAGGACGAAUCGCAGAACCUUCGGCAAACGUACUACGACGACAUGAUUUACGAGGAGAAGUAUGCGGACGUCGAAGCGGAAUUGAGAAGAAUUGUGGACGAAAUAAUGCGCCAGGAGCUGGAGCUGCUGCAAAUCGCGCUGGAGCGUGAUCGCGGCGGGAAAAAGCUUAAGAAAAGCAGCAAAAAAGCCCGCCGUAGCGGUAAGAAGGGCAAAAAGAAGAAGGACAAAGAUUUAACGCCCGAUCGGACGACGGAGUCGCUAUUCGAAGAGCUCGUCACGAACGGUAUUAUCAAGAAGUACCCCGAAACGCCGAUAAAGUCGUACGUUGGGGAUCUUAGUUAUGCGGCUCGCAGUGCCCUAAAUCCAUCCCCGGGUGACGUUAGACAGCUGAUCAAACAGUACUGCAUUUUACCGCUCGGUUCCGAGACGAUCCGGAACUUUGGACCGUGCAUCAAGUCACUGCUGAUCGCAGGUCCGAAGGGGUCGGGAAAAACGUCCCUAGUUCACGCCAUCUGCACCGAGACGGGAUCGGUGCUGUUCGAUAUCAGCCCGCCAAACAUCGUGGGCAAGUAUCCGGGUAAAUCGGGCCUCAUCAUGCUGAUGCACCUGAUUUCGAAGGUGUCCCGGCUGCUCCAGCCGUCGGUGAUCUACUUCGGGGACGCGGAGAAACCUUUUAUGAAGAAAAUCCCCAAAACCGACCGGACGGAUCCGAAGCGGCUGAAGAAGGACCUACCGAAGCUGGUGAAGAACAUUCAGCCGGAGGAUCGCAUCAUGCUGAUCGGUACGUCAGAUUGUCCUUGGGAAGCGGACAUGAAGCUCAUGGUGCAGACGUACCAGCGGUUCAUUUACAUACCCCGUCCGGAUUAUGGGGCGCUGUCGUACGCGUGGAAAGAGCUGCUCAGCCAUUACAGCGGCGUACAUCGACAGUUUGAUACGGGUGCGAUGGCAAAAAUUUCCGACGGCUACACUAUCGGUUCGGUGGUGCGCUGCAUUCGGGAAGUGAUCACCUGCAAGCGGAUGUUGCAGCUGAGAGUUCACCCCUUGACUCAUCUGGAGCUGAUCAAUGCGUUGAGUGCACUCGAACCGGUGUAUAAGGAGGAAGAGGAAGCCUUUCUGUAUUGGUGGUGCAAAACGCCCCUCGGUCGGCGCCGAUCGAAACAAAUGGAGAAGGACCACGAGGCCAUGAUGGAGAUGGAAAAUGUUCCCAAGAAAAAGAAAUAA